GUUUUGUUCACUUGGUCUUAAUUUCUUAUCUUGUGUUAAUCUUCUCCAUCAACUAUGGGUGGAAAAUGGACAUAUUCACUGUGGAAAUUAAACUUUUAACAACUCGUGAAAUGAAUCAGGAACGUUCUCAUCGCAAUGGGAGGUUGUAUAGGAUUAACACGUAGUAGAAGUGGUGCCAUAGAUGAUUCAUCAGGAUCAGUCAGUCGACCCAACUCAGGUAGUCAACGAAAAAACCAUCCUUUGUGCCAUGAAACAAUCAGAUGGAAGUCUGAUGUGCCCCUCACUGAGGGUCAACUCAGAAGUAAGAGAGACGAAUUCUGGGACACUGCUCCUGCAUUCGAGGGCCGUAAAGAGAUAUGGGAUGCUCUUAGGGCUGCGGCAGUGGCCGCUGAAGCGAUGGAUUAUGAGCUAGCUCAGGCCAUAUUGGAUGGUGCCAGUGUAUCAGUGCCUAAUGGUUAUCUAACUGAAUGUUAUGAUGAGCUAGGUGCCAGAUAUCAGGUGCCCAUCUAUUGUCUUUCUUAUCCUAUAAAUAUUGUGAAAGAGGAUAGUGGUAGAGAUUCACCUGCUGAGUGUUCAGAACCAGUGGAUGGGGGUACAGAAACUGUUUUAAAAUUAAGACUGUCACAUUCUUGUCUGGAUGUUAAAAUUUCUGUUUAUACAACUGAUACAAUUAGUAUCUGUAAAAAGAAGUUGCAGAGUCAAGAAGGGAUAGAAACCUCAAGGCAAAGGUGGUUUUAUGGGGGGAAAUUGUUAGGUGAUAAAUUGCAUGUAGAAGAAGCCAAGAUACCUCCUGGAUAUGUUGUUCAAGUCAUAGUAAAUAUGGAGUCUUUGCCUAUUCUGAAUAAGGCUUCAUAAUGCACAAAAAUCAAAAUCAGGUGAGUUUGUCUCUAGGCGACCGAUUUAUACAGAGGAUCAAAAUAAUAGAAAAAAUAAUGUUCAAACAUCUGAGUUGGUUGAGAAAAAUAAGCGUCAUAUCACAUAGGUAUUUUGGUAAACAGCAAUAAAAGUAUACUCAAUUUGAGAACAUUCAUCGAUAUUUCAAUUGGGGGAAUGAUUGAUCAUACUUGUAUAUAAUAUUGUAUAUUGCUUUGGUUCUUGUAGGCAGGUUGGAU